AUGGAAUCCUCCUUGGGCAAGAUCCCAGCCCAGAUGUUGGCCUCCAAGUGCCCAUCGGCGGGGCAGAAGGUCACCCUGGUAUCGCUGGACCCUUCCAAGUCGGGGCUGAAGGUCCAGAUGCCCAGUCAGCACCGGGCCCCCCAGCCGGGCAUCAGCUCCAUGUCGGUGCCCUCGCCAGGAGUCACCCUGACAGUCAGCCCCAGCGGCGCCCAGCUUGGCGCAAAGAGCCGCCCGGUGCCCGCCGGCCAGGGAUCGCGGCCGGCGGUCCAGGACUCCAAGACCAAGACGGUCAUCCUUACCUCGCCCUGCAUCAAGUGGAUCAAGUCCGGCCCAAACCUCAAGGUCAUCAACCUGCCCGUGGGCCUGGUGCCCAGUCUCAACAUCUGCCGAGUCCCCAGCGCCAAGAGCGUCGUCAUCUCGCGGCCAGCCAACCUCAACCAGAUCAUCAUCCACAAGGAGGCGCCGUUGCCGAGGCGGACCGAGAGCCUCCCGCACAGCCCCGCCCUCUCCGCCCCCUGGAGGGGGCAGGUCACCCCCAUCGUCUUCAGCGCCGCCCCCAGCCCGGUGGUACUCAGUAUCUCGCAGUCAGCGGAAGCGGGCAACUCCGGAGCAGGCCUGGGCCUCCGAGAGCCGGGGACCAGCCUCCCCAUCAACAGCGGCUACUCGCGAGGGGUCUACGAGAACUUCCGGAAGUGGCAGGAGUACAAGGGCUUGGUCAGGAAGCACUUCCCGAUGACACCGGACACCGAGGCAGUGGCCUGUUUCUUCAUACCUGUCCUGCGUUCGCUCUCUCAGUUCAAACCUCAGCUCAGCACCGAGGAAGGGAUUCCCCUUGCUAUCCAGGAGUGGGGGAAACUCAGCAACUUUGACAGGAUGAUCUACUACGAGAUGGCGGAGAAGUUUAUCGAGUUUGAGGUGGAGGAACACGCUCAGAGGCUCCAGUGUGAACAGGUCCCAGCCCAGCCUGGAAUAUCUCAGGGGCUCCCGAUCCUGUCCAGAGUGUCCGGGAAACCCAGCAAGCAGGUCAUGGAAGAUCUUGUGGGGAAAAAAUGCAGCAGCAAAGUGGGCUCACAGCGCUCCAACAAACAGGCCAAAGCAACUCCCCAGGCCGGCCACGGGCCGGGACCCCACCACCAGCCUCCCAUCCCCCCGGAGGCUAUCACCCAGUACAUUGAGAUCAUGGAGGCGUUGAACCAAGACCAGCAGCCCGAGGGCCAGGGCGAGGGCGAGGCCAUUGCUCAGCCCUUCGAAGACCGGGUCAGCGAGGAGCCUGAACUCAUCAAGUACAUCGAGAAGCUCUGCAGCAAAGACUCCUUCAUCAGCAAGGCUGAAGCCAUCAUCCAUCCCGAGUUCCUGUCCAACCUGCUCUCUCCCCAGGGCCACAUGGACUUCCCCCGUCUAAUGAAGCAACUGGAAAUGGAGGAGAACCUGUCGGCGGGUGAGCUGGAUGGCCGGAGAGACUCACCGGAGGCCGCCGUCCAGGACCCAGCGGAGCUCCCCGACCCCUGCCCCCCGCCGGCCGCCCCCGAGCCCCUUCCCCAGGCCCCGAGCCACAGCCCUGCCCCCUCCGAGGCCCCCCAAGCCCUCCAGGGCCUCCGGCCUCCUAGCCCUCCGCCGGGCGGCGAGUGCCCCUGCUCCAGCCGCCUCCAGCGCCUGGCCCUGCAGUCGGCCUGCGACAAGGCCCCGGCCCCCGAGCCGGCCGCCCCCGCGCCCCAGGACCGCACCCCCCUCCUGGGGGAGCUGGGGGCCGAGGGGGGCCCCCGCGGCGCUCCCCCGGCCGGGGGCGGGGCGCGGGGGGAAGGCGCGGUCGCCGGGGGCGGCGAGGAGGUGGAAGGCGAGGCCGCCCCGCAGGCCCGGGCCUGGUCAGGCCUGGUCCCACCACCGGCUGGCGAGGCCUCCACACAGGCUCGGGCCUGGUCGGGCCUAGUCCCACCACCGGCUGGUGAAGCCUCCACACAGGCUCGGGCCUGGUCGGGCCUAGUCCCAGCACCGGCUGGUGAGGCCUCCACAGAGGCCCAAGCCUGGACAGUGGGCCCACUCCCACCACCAGCCAGCGAGGCCUCCACACAGGCCCAAGCCUGGACAGUGGGCCCACUCCCACCACCAGCCAGCGAGGCCUCCACACAGGCCCAAGCCUGGACAGUGGGCCCACUCCCACCACCAGCCAGCGAGGCCUCCACACAGGCCCAAGCCUGGACAGGGAGCCCACUCCCACCACCAGCUGGUGAGGCCUCCACACAGGCUCGGGCCUGGUCGGGCCUAGUCCCACCGCCGGAGGGCGAGGUCUCAACGCGGGCCCGGCGGCCCCCCCUGGGCGCCGGCGACGUCCCCCGGGGGAGGAGGGAGGCGGGGGAGAACAAGGCCGGCGGCCUGGGGACCCCCGCACACACCCCUAGGCCACUGCGCAGAACCAAUCAGCCCCCCGCCAACGCCCGGCCCCCCUCAGCCCACCCCUACUCCAGGGCACGGACGCGGCAGCAGAAGAGGAGCAGCAGAGGCAGCACUGCAGGGGUCAGGAGGAGCAAGAGAGUGAAGAAAAACUGA